UGAUAGUUGAUUUGAUAUAUGACAAUUGACAACUGACGUCGAAUGGCCGAUCAGUGAAUGAAUGCGGUGUGUUGUUAAUUUUGGUGAAUUUGUAAUAUUUCAUUUAAAUACAUUAUUUCACAAUCAUGGUUAUUAUAUUGAUCAGUAUAAUUCGUUAAUUAUAUUACAGUACAGGUCCACUUCUAAUAAUCUCUUGGGGUAAUGGUAUUUAACUAAAUUCGAGCCAUUCCUGUUUAAUGGCACUGAUUGCCUGUGUUGAGCUGGGUAUUCCUCUGGCAGGACUCUUUCAAAUUCUAUCUUGAUAACUCCAUUGCAUUCAAUAAUGGUUAAUUCCAGUUGUUCAGUGAUUUGAGAAUGGACAGUUGGAACUCAGAUUGGUUAACUGAGGAACCUGACUCAGAAACUUCUUCAAUAAUAUCAAAAGAUCCCCUGCUUGCAGAAGGUGGUAUUGUAGAUGUGGAUAGUCCAAUUUUCUCCCGAGAUUCAAAUGAUAGUUUCGGUGAUGAAAAGCUACAAAAAUAUGGGAAACUUGACAAUGCUUUACUGAAAACCAGUCUGAAGAAUGUCUCUCUAGCUAAAAAGAGGUUACAGGCUUAUAACACUAACUAUGUCAACAAGACUCCAACAAAAGAAGAUAAAAAUGACAUUCAAGAAAAAUCUGGCACAACUGUAAAAAAGGCCAACAAAGUUUUGUACCCAGAUGAUAGGGCCAGAGCUGUUAUUCAGGAAAUUGAAGAUAUAAAGAAAUUAGAAGAUGAAGAAAUUAGAAAACAAAAUGAAAAAAUAGCAGAUUUUGUGAAUUACCUCAAUACUUCUGGUAGUAUGAGCAAUAGUGUCAAGUCUAGAUCAAGAUCUCUAUCUCCAGAAGUGGUGAAUCAUUUCAAAAAACGAGAAAUUAAAAGCCGAAAUUAUCGACGAACGGAUUCUGUCACUCGAAGAUCCCCCUCCCCAUCAGAUCAACAAAAGAAAAGCGAUCGACGAUCGUCAAGUGACCACAAAAAAUCCUCGAUCUACCCAAAAAAUUGGACCGAUUACAAAGAACAGCGACUGACGAUUCCCAAAGAUGAGGAAUUGAAGGCUAAAUGUUUUCCCAGAGCUAAUCAUUCGAAUAUUGAAAUCAUCAACAGACUUUAUAGCUUCACAGCUCCUUCCACGUUACUUGAAUCUUUUAAAUAUUCAACUGAACAGCAAACAAAAUCAGUGCCUAUUCCUUUCUUACGGUUAACUAAAUCUAGACCACAUAUUAUGUACAGUAUGAACAGUGAAAAAAUCAAGGGAAGUUAUUUGUCUCGAAUGCAAUUAUUUCAAAUCAUUCCCAAAAAACGUGAGGAACUGAUACAAAACCUGAUCAACAAACAAUCCAAGUUGCAGCCAGUCAAUCGAAAUAAUCCAAAUAGGCCUUGGUACAACAAAGCUUGGAAAAAACCUGGAGACCAAGUCCGCAAAGUCAUAGAGAAUUCUGUCGGGUUGUCUUUUCUACAAAAUUAUUCUGACGACGAAGAAGACAACGAAACAGACGACGUCAUUAUAUGUAGUAGUGUUAAGAAGAAUGACAAAAAUAAGAGGGAGACGGAAAAUAAUUCGGAAGAACAUGAUCAAACGCCACCGCAACCUAUCGAAUACAUGAGUUGUCAAAAAGAAGACACUCUCAUAGAAGAAGAAACCUUGACUGAACAAAAAGAAAGUACUGCCACAAGAGAAGAGAGAUCAGAGGAUAUGAUUGAGGAAAGAUUAACGCCUGAAAGAAUCUUCGAAACCUUUGAAAAUAAUGAUGUUAGUUUAACUCCAGAAAGAUUCGAACUAGACCAUCCAAAACAUCCAUUAUAUGAAACAAGAAUGGCAAUAAAUAAAAUAGAAAAAGAAAUUGAGCACAGGCAUUUGGAAUUGAUUGAAGAGCCACACGAGCAGAGUGAAUCACCGGCUAAAAAGAAGAAAAAGAAAAAGAAGACUUCGAAAAAAAAAUAUGACGAAGAAGUAUCGAAAACCAGAAAAAAGAAGAGCAAACGCAACAAAAAAUCCCACGUGGAUGAUGACUCUGCAAAUUCUGAAGAAGAGAAACGUAAAAAAUCUAAGAAAGAUAGGAGGAAAGAAAAAGCAAACAAGAAAAAACGCAACCAUUCGAAAGACAAUAAAGUCAAAAAGAAAGUCGAAGCGUCUGAAGAUAGAGAAGAAAUCUCCAGAAAUAAGAAGAAAUCAAAUGAUAUCGAACCAAACACAAAACAUUCAUCAGGAGAAUCUUCCAAGAGAUACAAAAAGAAGGUUAAAAAAGAUAGACGCAGACACUACUCCGAAAAUGAAUUGGUACACAAUGAAGUAGACAGUGACAAACACAUAUCUGACGAGGAGGAGUUUUUCCAACCAACAAUUAAAAAAAAUAGUAUCGAAGAUGCUAGACCCAAUCAAGAUUUGAGAAAUCUCCUUCAACAAUUAGAAAAAAGAAAGGAGGUGAAAAAGAAUAAAGAUGCGCGAGUCAUUGACAAUCCUAUCGAAAGUCAAAAUAAUGAAAAUAUACAGGAUACAGUUAGAAGAAAACCCAAGAGAGGAAAAUAUAGUGAUGAGAUUACAAUAGACGAUGAAAUGAUGAAAGAUAUUGAAUUAUUGAAGAAAAAAGAUAGAGUUAGUACAGAUAAGAGAUCUAAGGGACGCCACUUCAAAGAACACAAUGAAUUCGUUGGUAGGUAUGACUCAAGAGAGCCCUCAAAAAAACGUAUAAAUUCUCAAGACAGGCUAUAUCCAGAGGAACCAUUCGAAGUUGACCGAAUAGAAUUCAACCCAAUCAAAGUAAAGAAGGAGCAUGAUUGGGAAAAUCACGAAGGAACCAAUAAAAAGAAGCAUCCAAAAAAGAAAACGAAACGUUCUCCAAAUACGCUCGAUGAUUUUCCAUUGGAAAAAGACUCAUUCAAGAACACUAUUAAAAUGAAAAGCGGAACGCCCGACACCGACGAGUAUCGUGGAAAUUGGGAAAGCGACGAGGAAAUGCCAAUAGUUUCAAAACCGGCCGAAAAACCAAACACCUCUUGGGAAAGCGAAGAUGAAAUAUUCGAUACGAAUCGCCUGGCCGAAAAACAACGAGAAUACACUGAAAUUUUGGACUUGGAGAUACCGCUUACCUUUAAACCUUUCACAAGAAGAGAACCCAGUAUCAUCCAAUUCAAACUCGAGCUACCGGAAAUGGAAAGUGAAGUCCACAGCCCUCCUUGGGAAGAAGAACAAGAUAAGACCGAUAAGAUCGAUCCUAUAGUUAUAGAAAACAAGCAGAUCGAAUUAGAAGUGAUACCCGAUGUUGAAGAAAAAAUUGAAGAGAAUGUAGAAGAUAUCCUUCCGAAGCGACGAAGAAGCCAAGACGAAAGUUCCAACGAGACUAAGAAGAGUCGAUGGGACAAGAAAAACGUAGAAGAACCGAAACCACAAGAAGAACCCUCCUGUUCACUAGCUGAACCGAAACUAGAAGAUCCCCCCUGCUCGCUAGCUGAACCGAUACCAGAAGAUCCCUCUUGCUCGCUAGCUCCACCAGAAGAAAUAUUACCUGUCGACACCUCGACAGUUCUAGAAAACGAAUACGAAGAGUUUAUGAAAGCAGUUAGCUCCACAGUAGGUACUAACGAAAGCGCUGUGGACGAGAGCGCUUUGAACGACAGCGUCAUAUCCCUCAGCAGCGACUCAAACUGCAGCCUAGAAACCCCUAUCCCUAACAGAAAACCGUUGAAUAUCGGACUCGCCUACGCCAGCACCCCCAUCAAAAUCGAUCUGUCUGACGAAAUCGAAGCAGUCAUCUCCCCGAAAGACAUUCCAUUCAUCCCGAUGCCCGGAGAGGUCAAGCCUCCUCCGCAAGACCUCUCGUUCAUACCGAUUCCCGGAGAAGUCCUGCCCGCUCCCAAGGACAUCCCGUUCAUCCCGAUGCCGGCAGAAAUCAAACCGGUACCGCUGCCUGAUGUAGUUCCCGACAGUACCGCCCUCCCGCUGAUCAAUCUCGGUUUGCUGGCCUUCGUGCCGCAGCUCGAUCCCAUUCCGAAGACCGACUUGCUUUUGACAGGUGUUGAACCGAAAGCUGCAGCUCCGUUGAUUCCUUCACCUGUAACUGUUACAGACACCGUCAGCAGCACUAUUUCCGCAUCUAAUACGUAUGCGCCUGGGUUGGGUAGUGAAACUCCUGUAAUAGGUGGUUUAACGCCUGUGAUAAGUGGUGGAACGCCUGUAAUAAGUGGUAUAACGUCUGUGAAAGGUAAUGAAACGCCUGUUAUAGGUGUUGGAACGCCUGUUAUAGGUGGUGGAACACCUAUAAAAAGUGGUGGAACGCCUGUGAAAGGUAAUGAGGCGAUAGGUGGUGGAACGCCUUUAGCAGGUGGUGGAACACCUGUGAAAGGUAAUGAAACGCCUGUGAUAAGUGCUGGAACGCCUGUGCUAGGUGAUGAUACGCCUGUAGUAGGUGGUGGAACGCCUGUGAGAGUUAGUGAAACACCUAUGACAGAUAAUCUAACACCUGUUAAAGGAGGUAGUGAGGUCUCGACAGGGGAUAACACGUCGACCAUUCCGAGGACCAUCGAGAAACCCUUCAGUUUGGUGUUGCCUCUGAAGAAAACAUUGGUGAAUUCCCGUUUGAACUUCGGUGAUUCCGAUGAGGAAACAGAGAAAUCGAAGAAGUCGUUGGAGGAGAUCAAAAUGGAGAAUUUGGUGGAGCUGGCAGAGAUACAAAAAAUCGAGGAGAAAGAGACGGCCGAGGCUAAAGCGGAAGAGGUUGGGGCUACUAAACCUGACUCCUCGAAGAAGAGAGAAAGAAAUAGGUCUCACAGUCCCAUAAUGAAGAAAUCGUCCAGCCAGCCGAAAUCAAGGACGGAGAGGAAAUCUUCUGACAGUUCUUCGAAGUCAAAGAGGAAGGAGUCUCCCAGAAGGAGAGAGAGUUCGCCUAGAAAGAGGGAUAAAUCGCCGAGGAGGAGGGGUGUUUCGCCCAGGAGGAGGGACAGCUCGCCGAAGAAGAGGGGCCAUUCACCGAAAAGAAGUUCUCCAUCUAGAAGGAGAUCAUCGCCAGGUAGAAGGCGGUAUUCUUCUAGAAGGAGCACCUCCCCAGGCCACAGGAGACGCAGCCUUUCCCCGCGUAAAAAGUCCCCCAAAAGAGGUUCUUCGCCUAGAGGUUCAUCGAAACACGCGAAGAAAGCCAGAUCGAAAUCCCCCAAACGCACCGACAGCACUGCCAAAUCCAGAGACAGCAUGGAAAAAUCCAGCGACAAAAAAAGACCGAAGUCCUCCAGCGAGGGGUUGAAAAAAAGCUUGGCCGAUUCGACGAUUCCUGACGAAUCUCUGCUGCCCCCAACAAACUCCGAUGACGUAUCUAGUGCGCACGCGCCUACUAAGCUAGUGGACUACUCCAAAGAGCAGCUUAGCUCCAUCAGCACCACCUACGAUAACUUCAGUUAUGAACCGAAGCAGUUUCCGCAUAAAGUGGUGCAGUCCGUACACCACUUUGCGCAUGCGCCGGCGCACUCUCACAGCAACUUCGUUCAGGUGGGGAAUAUGGUGCAGAUCGUGCCUACCGAUUUGCAUAUGAAGACUGAUUAUAUGAGGACUGAUAGCUCUACGAGAAACAAAGACAUCGUCGGUCAGGAGAAGAAGAUGCAAAUUGUUCAGGUCGGCAAUAUGCUUCAGAUAGUCCCCACCGAACUACCUCCUCUGCCUCCGUUGCCGCCUCUACCUCCGGAAGACCCCAAAAGCGAGCCGCUGGAAGUGCUCGAGUUCAAGCUCGAGCAGGAGAAACAGUCGGCCGAGAUGUCGAUGAAGCAGAAAGUGGCCGAGCGAAGGGCCGAAAGGGACAAGAGGCGGUCGGAGAGGGAGGCCAGGCGGAAGGAGAAGGAGAGGCGGCGCAGGGAGAAGGAGAAAAACAGGCAGGUCAAGUUGAAACAGAAAACGGAAAAUAUGAUUAAGAGAGCUCUCGAAUUAGAAGUUGAAGGGGGUGAGGAAAAUUCGUUAUUGAAUGAAACUCCUACACAGUGGCCACCUCUACCAGCUGUGACAGGCUGUCCCAAAGAAAGUCGAGGUAUUCUCGUGAUAGGACAAAGGUCGAAAAAAUACCUAAAAUUAGACAGGAAGAAAAACGUGCAAUUCGCUGACGGCAUACGACCUGGCGAGGGCACCUCUCCCUCUGCCGGCGAAGAACUUUCUUCUCCACCGCCUUGUAGAACGCUACCGAAGGAGAAGAGGUACACGAAGACCAAGCUGGGGAAGAACAAGAAGAGAAAAGUCAAGGUGAAAAUCAUCAAGUCAAUUCCAACGGACCUCUCGGACGAGGAGGACCAUCUGCCGCCGCCGUCGCCGCCUCCAGGCUCGCCGCCCCCCCACCUCUUCCCGUCUCGCAUCAAGCCGCAGCCCGCCGUCGUCGGUAACAUGUUGCCGCAGCCCUCCGUCGUCGGUAACAUGUUGCCGCAGCCCGCCGUCGUCGGUAACAUGUUGCCGCAGUACGUGUCGAGUAUGGCGGCCUUGCCCGUUCAGAAUCCCUCGAUGUACAGGCAAUCCCCGAUGAACGUAGUGAUGGGCCUGCCGGCCCCUCAGAUGCACAGGUCACACCUUCAACAAGCGCCUCCCCAGCGCCAUCUGAGCGUCCAUCCAGCGGACGCCCAAAUGGCCCACCAUCACGGCAUAGCGCCGAUCCACAUAGCGCCGCCGCCGCCUCCGCCGCCACCACCGCCGACGUCUAGACCAGCUAUAUCAACCACAUCAUCUUCAGUAAGAGAAUCGAAUGAAUCUGAUAAUGACAAAGAUGCUGUAAGGAUAGAACUUGCUUGCCAGAGUGCUGAUGCAACUUCCACCAGGACUGAUCAUUCUUGUGAAAGUGCCUAUGAUGUUUCUAUAGAAAAGACAAGUGCAAUUUCACUACUCCUCUUGGUCCCACACAUCGUAAUAUACCUUACCAUUAUCAAAUGUAAUAAUGUAAAUCUUAACACAAAUGAUUUAGUAAAAAAUCGUAAAUGUAUUUAUUCAAAUUCAGUUGAGUAGUUUUCUUUUUUUUUAUUGUUGUUGUUGUUGUGAGAAUAACAUUAUAUAGGAAGUGAUAUAUAUUGUAAAUAUUAUAUUCCUCUAUGAAAUUCAUUAUGAUUUUGUACAUAGAUAUAUAUUUAGGAAAGUCACUGUUUUUGUGAGGUUAUGAUUUUUUCUUAUAAUUUUUGUGUAGUUAUUUAGCUGGAUAAUUAAUUAUACAUAAACGAAUUUGUAUAA